AUGUACGGUUCACAGUCAUCAAGACUAAGCGCUUCUUCGCGUGGUCGUCGGUCGUCGACAUCCGUAUCAGCCUACACUCCAACAAAUCAUCAGAAUCGUGCUUCAAGACUUCCCGCUUCGGCAUCAAGAAAUUCUGCAAUGAAAAUAUCCAACGAUCAUGCGAGAUACAGCAGUGUGGCCAGCUCGAUAGUACCGUCCAGUGCGGUGAGACGAAUGAGUUCUGUCUUCAAGACUCCAGCCAAACAGACGGGAUUCAAAGAUACAAGGAAUCUCACGAAUCGUGAUGUACAGUCUACCAUGCAUCACAAAAUAAUGGAUUUCUUAAUUGCUGCUGAUUACCCGCAGUUGAACGAGAAAUUCAUUCGAGCGCCAACGAAAAGUGAAUUCAUUCGUAUGUUUGAAUUCAUCCUGACGCAGCUGGAUAAUCAGUAUCAGUUUGAAGGGAAGAUUGAAGAAGAGAUGCCGCUUCUAAUGCGUAAUUUGGGAUAUCCAGUAGCACUAAAGCCGUCGACAAUGCAAACAAUUGGUGCAUCUCAUACGAUGCCCCAUCUCUUUGGUGCUAUCACAUGGCUCAUUGAUGCGAUUAAUGCUAGAAUUACUAUCGUUACUUUUAUCCGGCUUAACUUCCUUUGUCAGUACGUUUUAUUUCAGAUUGCCGACAAAAUUUCACCACAAGAUUAUUUGCUGGCGAGUGAAGAUGACAGCGGUGAAGCGAGAUCGUUGAUGUAUGGAUAUACAAUUCGAUGUUACAAAGCUCUUGGAGACGUACCUGGUCGCACGGUGGAUCCAUCUGAUUUGGAAACAGAGAGCGAGCGAUUGUUGAUUAUUCUUGAGGAACACGAUGAAAUUGUCGCGACAAGUGGUGAAUUAAAUGAACUCGAAGAAACCCUCCAAAAAGAAUGGAAUGAGUUGCAGAAGUCUGCGGGCGACUUGGGGCAAUUGGAUACUGAAUUGGCAGCAUCCCGCGAAGAUUACGCUAAAGUGAAGGAUUAUCAAGAUCAGAUGAAGAAGUCCUUAUCAGGCAUUGAGAAAGCACUGGGAGAGAACAAUAUAAAGCUAAGUGGUCUUGAGAGGAAAAUGACUGAAUUACGAGAGGACAAUGCCGAGAAGGAGAGCAUUAUUGCAAACCAGAAGAUGAGCGGUGAAACAGCUCGUCAGUUACGUUCACAAAAGACUGAGUUCAAUAAUCAGACGAAGCAAAUUCAAGAUGCCAUGACUAAGAUUGAUAAAGAAAUUUAUGAUCUUCGCAAGGCAGGCUUCGGAGAAGGAAUUACGAUGCGUAAUCAAUAUACAGAUUUCGUGCGUGAGUUGGGCAAUAUUCAGCGGCAUUUCAAUGCGAUCGAUGAUUCAUUCGAAGCGGUGAUGCAGCAACACUCACCGAAUGAACCGAAUUUCCUCAGUUUUUUGGAUGAAAUUAGAGAACAUAUCAAAAUGGCAGAAAAAGACGUCAAAAGUUAUUGGAACGAAUUGGAAGAGAAAGACGCACGUUUGAAUGAGGAAAUAAAUACGAUAAGUGAACAAAAGGAAGUAUUAAAAAACGAAUUCGAUAAACUUCAACGAUCAAUUGAAAUGAAGAAACAUAGUCAAAUGCUGAAGCGAGAAGAUUGGACAGAGGAGAUUCGCAAAAUGCAGCUUGAAUUGGACGUCGCUCAGAAUGAACUUUCCGUUCUACACGGUGCUAAAAAUACGAAGGCGAACAGUCGUGAGCAGUUAGCAGCCAUGAAGAAAGUUUAUCAAAUGCGAAAGAUCGCCAUACAAGAAGCUCAGUUCCAAUUGAGUCAUGAGAUUAGUGCUAAGCUGGACAGAGUCUUCGAAGAAUGGGAUCAUAUUCAGGAGUGCCGUGCCCAGUUGCGCAAGACUGAAAAGAUGUUGCGAGAUGCGUUCGACAAAUAUAUUUCAGUUCCUCAGCAGUGA